AUGAAUGAGAAACCUGAGUUGGAGAUAGCCCCCAUUGGUGUUGUCAUCCCAAGACUUGAUCCCUACCGACGACUAUUAGCCAGAUUCUACGAGCCUUUGUUUCUUUUGAAGGCACUUGGUCAAACUCGAGGUGAACAUACACCCGAGCCCACGAACUCCGAUGCUCGUAUGGAAACAAGACGUAGGUUCUUGCGGAACCUUGCUUAUGUGUGUGAUUUUGAGAAAGGAGGGGACUCCUGCACUGCGAUAGGCUUGGAAAACUGUCAAACUGGCUACUGUUUUUGGGUUGCUUCAAAUAAGAAAUCGGACAAAAUAAUUACGUUCCUGAACAAAGCUCUUGGUGUCUUGCGCGGCGCGAACAGCCUGCCAACCUCAGAUCUGGCAGCCACAGAGUCAGAUUUGACUCAGCUUUGCACGGAUUUUGCGACUCGUCGCAUCACAUUAGAGCAUAAAAAUUUCCAGAGGGAGGCAGCAAGGUGCAUUUCAAGACUGCAGGAAAAGACCUCAGGGACCGCUGAAGAACCUCUAGCCGAGCAAAUCAUCGACUGGCUACGAAUGGCAAUGAAUUUUGUUGACCGAAUUGAACUUUGCAAAUUUGCUUAUGACCACCGCGCCUCGGUCUAUGUUGGCAAGCUUAUGACUGAAGCCUUGCAAGAAGAGAGCAUAUCAGGCCCUGCAGGCAUGCGGUCAUGUUUUGCAUUGGCUCGGCAUCAUAUAUUGAGGCUGGCUCAUCACAUACGGGCGCCGAAAGAGCUUGUCGCCGACUCCUGCCAUUUGGAACAUCUAUUGGAAGCUUAUAACGUUCGUGGUGCCGAUUCAUUGCCAAGUGUGCCAUCACCAGUGCGCGACUCCCAUACAAACCUUCGCGGGAUCCUGAAUCGCAUGUACCGCACGGACGGAGAGGAAAAGAAAGCAGUCGAGGACGGUCUCCUCUAUUUGAAUAGAGUUUCAUUUUCCAAUAUCUUCAAGCAUUUUAUGGAGCAAUACACGCUUCCUGGCACUCUGGUCCAUGCUGAAGUUCAAAUCUUGGAGCACUUCUACAGAAGAAAACUUUCUUUUGUGGACGGCGAUAAAUUUGUUGCUUGCAGUAAACCUGCUUGCCUGUGCUGUGAGCUGUACUUCAGGCAUCAUCCAGCGCGCAUGGUGGUCCCUUCAUCGCACUUUAAAGUCUGGACAAGAUGGAGUCCUCCACUCGUGAAGGAAUUUACCAAGCAUAGCACGGCGGCUCGAGAGCAAAAACAAAUUAUGAGCAAGAUAACCCAAGCUGUUCGUGACCAGAUCACUGACCAAGUCUUGCGGCGCACACAGGCGAGUCAAUGGCACCCAGACUCUAGAACUUGUGUCACUGAAAUUCGGCCAUCAGAUAGUUUCAAUCUAUUUGAGGUGCAAGGCAAGAUCUGCAAGAAUCGGGAGUUUGUUGCAGAUAUUCUGGAUACCACCGAGGGUGAGAGCGAGGAGCUAGUUGAAGAUAUUGAUUCAGACGAUGGCGGCGUAUCUAUCAAGGUGUAG